UUCUGUCAAACAUUCUUCAUCUCCUAUACUAGUGAACUCCAUUGUAUAUUAAAAUAAUGCUGCAUCUGAAUUUAAAGUACAUAUCCCAAAUCCCAAGAACUCAAAUAAAUUCCUGAAGUAUUCUAGAGAUUCUGGGAACUUGUGACCAAAUCUGUCCAAUUACAUUUUGUUUUUAACUUCAUAAACUUGCACACUUACUAGAAGCACUAAUGCUUUGAUAGUAGGUAAGUUCAAGUUCUCUAAAUCUGAUGAUCCCAAAUGGCAAAAAGAAGAUGGCUUAGUAUAAUCAAGAGGUUUUUCAUCUCAGAAACUAGUCAAAGUAAAAUAAAGGAAAAGAAGAGAAGAUGGAUAUUUGGGAGGCAUAGACUAAAGAGGUUAACCUCCCAAUCAGCACCUAUAGAGAGAUCACAAUCAGCUGCAGCUAUUGAGAAACAGGUGAAGCCUGAAAGUGUUCAUUUGGUUCAAGAAGUUGAUGAACCAAAACGAGUAUCAAAUGAUGUUAUUGAUGACAAAGAAAUGGAAAAUGAUGCAGCCAUCAAGAUUCAGACAGUUUUUCGGGGAUUUCUUGCAAGAAAAGCUCUUAGGGCAUUGAAGGGGCUUGUAAAGCUACAAGCUAUUAUUCGUGGGCAUCUAGUUCGACACCAGGCAGUCACAACUUUAAAACGUUUGCAAUCCGUUGUAAAUAUUCAAACACAAGCAUGUGCGAAAAGAGUCCAGGUGGCAGACUGCACUUGUCAUCACAAUUUCCAGGAAACUAGAGGGAAAGAUAUUAAGAUGGAUAUGAAUAGUCAGAAGAGAUGGGAUGACAGCAUUUUGACAAAGGAAGAGGAGGAUGCUAUGUUGUUCAGCAAGAGAGAAGCAGCUAUGAAGCGAGAAAGGAUCAAGGAGUACGCAUACAACCACAGAAUGUCUGCGGAAUCUGAACAAAGCAAAGUAAACGGAAAAUGGAGGUAUUGGUUAGAACAUUGGGUGGAUACACAAUUGGCUAAACGAGAAGAUCUUCAAAAUAUAGUGAAGAAAGAGGAAUUUGAAAGUCAAAAACUCAAACUAAGAAAUCUUAAAGCAAUAGAUACUCCAUCUAAUUUUCCAAAAACGACACAUCACAGAAAACAACGUUCAAUAGGAGAAGAACAUUCCCUUCCAAUGGCAGGUUCCCCAGUGUUUCCCACGUAUAUGGCUGCAACACAAUCUGCACGAGCAAAGUCCCGAUCAUUGAGCUCACCAAGACUAAGACCCUUGAGUUCGGAUACUUGGUCUGCAACCAAUUCUCCAUAUAAGCAUAAGCUAUUGUCUCCUAUAUCUUCUAUCAACAGUGACGCAUGCAGUAGUCAGGUUUGGAAUGUUAAUGGUCGUAGUGGAUUCUCGCAAAGAUCCCCGAGCUUGAAAGGAGUUCCUGGUCAUGCAAAUUCAACCAGAACUACCAAAAAUCUCAGCUUUAAUUCAGAAUCUUUAACGCCAAAUUGGGAUCAGAUUGGCCAUUUCAGAUGAACAUAUGCAACCAAAGUUUUAUUAUUUACAUAUUAUAUUUUACCAUGUUAUGCUUGAACCAUAUAUGAGUUGCUAUACGCCUAUACUACAUUUAUUUUCUGCACUCGUUACUGAACACAUAGCCUAUCUUUGAGGUGCAGUUAGACCGAGUCAGAUUUCAUACUCGUAAGGAUUUUCUUUAUUUGUUGUAUGUGUUGUAAAGUUCAAUGAAGUUAUGGUAAGAUUCUAGAAAUUAUUCUCAUGAUACCAUGACCUUUAUCAA